GACUUGCCAUAGUAAUUUCUCCAUUCGGUAGGCGGUGGAUUUAUGCCACAACACAGCCACAACCACGUGGACGCGAGGGGUGAGAGCAGAACGUCGUUAAGAGACUAACGGCCGCACUACGCCAAUUGCCCGCACAAGUUAAUGUUGUCAUAGCGGCCAAACUUGUGGCAGGCGUUGAGCCCCUGCGUCAGACUUUUUGCGCACCAUGCGCCCCGUGUGAGAGCCGUGUGAUUUUCGCAUCUUUGCGCGCAGAUAUGUUGCACAAGGAGACAGCGGCUGAAUGAAGAUAGCGCCCGCACUGUCUUUGGAUUCUUACUGCGACGCGGACUCGGAGGUCGUGACCCGUUCUGCACACUGCACAAGAUUUUAAGAAAAAGCAUAACUUCCUUUCACCUGGCCCCUUCCCAGCUUCUGCUGCCUCCUGAUCUCACGCUCUGCGUCUUCUGGCCGCCGCCACCUUCGCCCCUCUGAAGAAGAAGCUGCCGUGUUGCUGCCAUGCCAAAGAACACCAAGGUGACCCAGCGGGAGCACAGCAAUGAGCCCGUCACUGAGUCCGUGGCCGACCUGCUGUCCCUGGAGCACCCAAUGGACUAUAAGAGCAGUCAGAUGAGCAUGGGCCUGAGUCCUGGCUCGACCGCUCCAGUAAAGGCCCUGCUUCCCUCCCCUGACCCAGAUGCUGAGGACGGCCGACCAGCGUGGAACAACAAGCUGGAGUACAUCCUGGCCCAGGUGGGCUUCUCCGUGGGCCUGGGGAACGUCUGGAGGUUUCCCUACCUGUGCCAGAAGAACGGUGGAGGUGCAUACCUGGUGCCCUACUUUAUUCUCCUGCUGCUCAUUGGCAUCCCCUUGUUCUUCCUGGAGCUGGCAGUGGGUCAGAGGAUCCGGCGUGGCAGCAUCGGGGUGUGGAACUACGUCUACCCACAGCUGGGAGGCAUUGGAGUUUCCAGCCUGAUGGUUUGCGGUUUUGUGGGCCUUUACUAUAACGUGAUUAUCGGCUGGAGCAUCUUCUAUUUCUUCCAGUCCUUCCAGUAUCCACUGCCUUGGGCCGAAUGCCCCGUCCAGAUAAAUGGAACCCAAGCCAUUGUGGAGCCGGAGUGUGAGAAGAGCUCAGCCACCACUUACUUCUGGUACCGCCAGACUCUCAACAUAACCAGCAGCAUCGACGACACCGGCGGCCUGAACUGGAAGAUGACCCUGUCCCUGCUGGUGGCAUGGAUCUUGGUCUGCCUGGCUGUCAUCAAGGGCAUCCAGUCCUCUGGGAAGGUGAUGUACUUCAGCUCCCUCUUCCCGUAUGUGGUGCUCUUUUGUUUCCUGAUUCGAGGUCUGCUGCUGAAGGGAGCGGUGGACGGCAUCGCUCACAUGUUCACCCCCAAGCUGGAAAAGAUGUUGGAGCCGCAGGUUUGGAGAGAGGCUGCCACACAGGUCUUCUUCGCCCUCGGCCUGGGCUUUGGAGGCGUCAUCGCUUUCUCUAGCUACAACAAGCGAGACAACAACUGCCACUUCGAUGCAGCGCUGGUGUCCAUCAUCAACUUUGUUACCUCCAUCCUGGCCACUCUAGUGGUGUUUGCUGUGCUGGGCUUCAAGGCGAAUAUAAUGAACGAGAAGUGUGUCGUCGAGAAUGCAGAGAAGAUCCUGGGCUAUCUAAGCACUGGUGUGCUGAGCAAAGAGCUCAUCCCUCCUCACAUCAACUACUCCCAUCUGUCUGCCCAGGACUACGCAGAGAUGUACACCGUUAUUAAGACGGUGAAGGAGGACACCUUCGACCAGCUCGGCCUGGACGCCUGUGUCCUGGAGGACGAACUCAACAAGGCUGUUCAGGGCACUGGUCUGGCAUUCAUUGCCUUCACAGAGGCCAUGACACAUUUCCCCGCUAGUCCCUGCUGGUCCGUCAUGUUCUUCUUCAUGCUUAUCAACUUGGGGUUAGGAAGCAUGAUCGGCACCAUGACGGGCAUCACCACACCCAUACUGGACGCAUUCAAGAUCCGCAAGGAGAUCCUGUGUGUUGCCUGCUGUGUCAUAGCCUUCCUGUUAGGCCUGCUGUUUGUGCAGCGUUCAGGAAACUACUUUGUCGCCAUGUUUGACGAUUACUCAGCUGGUUUGCCUCUCACCGUGGUGGUGUUUCUGGAGAACAUCUCUGUUGCCUGGAUCUACGGCACGAAGAGGUUCAUGCAGGACCUGGAAGACAUGCUUGGUUUCAGGCCAUACUCUUUCUAUUACUACAUGUGGAGGUACGUUUCUCCAGCUGUCUUGGUGUUGUUAAUCGUCGCCACUGUCAUCGAGAUGGCCAUCAGUCCUGCAGGAUACAACGCCUGGGUGGAGGCCGAGGGCUCAGAGCAUUUCCUGAGCUACCCUCCCUGGGCUUUAGCCAUGGCCUACGCCCUCAUAGUUGCGGCCAUGCUGCCUUUACCCCUCGUCUUCCUCGCCCGCCACUUCAACCUGAUCUCAGACGGCUCCAACAAGCUGUCUGUCUCCUACCGUAAAGGCAUGAUAAAGGACAUCUCCAACCUGGAGGAGCAGGACGAGCAGCGCUUCAUCCUCAGCAAGAACCCCAGCGAGGCUCCCUCCCCAAUGCCCGCCCACCGUGCUUACCUGGGCCCUGGUGGCACUCAGGAGAUGACCAACACCAACUACGGCACCAGCACCAAGACAGGCUACCAGAACAUCACCUCGCCCGAGUCUGAGCUAUGAUCCUCCGAGCUCAUAGAUCCUCCCGUCCAUUAAACCCCGGCCCUGCUGCGAGGAGAGGCAGAGAGAGGAAGAAAGGGAGGAGCAGAGAAAGUCAAGAGAAAGAGAAAAUUCACUGCCAGUUGUUGCAGCAUUCAUCACACUUAACCCCCAGAGCUGAUCCCUCUGUGUCCCCCGCCCCCCCUUCUCUGCUUCGUCGCUCCCUGCUUAUGGUUCUUUCCCAUCAUAGGAUCCAUGCUGCUAAUUUCACAUCGAUCUCAGCUGAGAUGAAGGGAUCAUGGGAAUGUGAGUCCCACCAGAUUUGAUGAUCUUUUUCAUCUGUCAAGGUAUUUGAGGGGCAGAGGGGUGGGGGGGGGGGUGCAACAGAGGGAAGGGAUGACGCUUAGAAAGGUCAAUUGUGCGCAUAGAUACAGGCUUUGUUUUGUAAUAAGCUCCGGUGGAGAUUAAGGUGUGUGCCACACCAGAAUGCCUAAUGUUGUACUGAAAUCUAAUCCCAUGUGUUUACUUGUUUGGAGAAGGUUAUUUUUGGGACAGCUGGAUGUUCCUAGCUCUGGGAGAUCAUCAUCUUACUCUGGUUCAGUGGUAGAGGAUUGUUACUUGUGGGGACUGGAUGGAAGGAGAAUCAGAAAAAAAAACAACCUGUCAUCUACGUCCUCCUCUGUAUCGCUGUAUGAGAAUAUUUAUCAUCUACACUAUAUAACAAAAUGGUUACAAACGCAUCCACAACAAGUGAUCCUGAUAGUCUACACAGUGUUAAAGAACAUUAUAUCUUCACGUUUAUUGUGCCUAUCAUGCAUCAGCAAUAAUAACCAGUCAAAGUAGGGUCCUCAUGAAGCCGUGGAUCUCCUUCUAUCCCCAUUUUCCCCACUGAUGUAGAAUAGUAUACAUAUGUGUCGUGCAGUAGUCUGAGAUGUCACCGUGAGUCGUGUACAUACACCGGCAGCAGUAGUGCAGAACCAGGGAAAACUUUUCACAUCUUCAUUUCUCCUUUGUGAACACUGAAGCACAGACACCCGCUGACAUUAGAGCAUCUCUGAGCCCAAACACAGAGAAGCACUUUUCUCCUAGAUUAAAAAGAAAACAAGGCUCUGACACUGCACAGAUCAUCUCUGUGCGGUUCCAGUCACAGCUGGCCUAGACGAAGCUUUUCCAGUUCAAUCAAACACUUUAAUCGAGCAAUUCCAUUUGAGUCAAUGCCUUAGAAAGGACAGAGGUGGCGGUGCACACGUAGAGAUAAGCAGAGUGGCUUUGUUUUUUGAUCAGCAGACAGCUUCACACAUGUCUGCCUCUGUGAUGGAGAGGCAGACAGACACGGAACUGGUAAUGUGAGUGUUGUCUUUGUGUGCGGGCAGAUGUGCACGUGCACACGUGCGCGUGUGUUGUUGUCCACCGCUGAAUGUGAGCUCCCGGUGACCCUGCCGAUUUAAAAAUAGAGUCGCGUUACCCAGGGGAUGCCGUGGCAACGCACCAUAGAUACUGAUCCUCCUGUGAUGUGGAGGAGAAAGGUACGAGUGGACAUCUUGUUUUGUCUGCUCCACCUGCACCUGCACGGCUGUUUCUUCAGCAACACAGAGAUGAGACGGUUUAUUGUGUGGAUGUCCUGCCACAAUAUCUCUGUAUCGCUACAGUGCAUUGAGUAAGAAGUUCACUGCCGUGCUGUGGAAUAAUCAUACCUCAUGAGAGGUCUGGGCUUAAUUGUUGUACCUUUCUCACAUCGUGAACACCAUUUCAUAAGCACUUCAAUACACACUUUGAUGUAUUUUUGUGAAAACUAAAGGCUCUUUAUUUUUAAUGUAUAAUAUCGUAUGCCAGUGUAUGUUUAAGGAUAUAAUGUGGAAAAUGUACCAUGAUAUAAAUGUUCUAAAUAAGAGGUGAUGUGUGGUUUUUCACCACUGGGUGUCUCCACUGGCCAGCAGGGGGAGCCAGUGACACACACUCCCCUCUGGCCCCCCCCCCCCGAGACGACACCAUGUGUAGUGUGAAGCACACCCAGUCACAUUGUGUUGGUGCCUGAACAGCAUCCCCGUUGUCUGUUUUGCCUUUCGCGCUCCUCAUUCCGUUUUCUUGAUCAUGUCGCGUUUAGACCAUCGACGUCUCAUCUCAUUCACUCGAGCAAUUUAAUAAGACAGAGACCCUGGAGUUGUUUGCUGAGCACACAUCUGCCAAAAAAAACAAAAAAAAACUUUUGGGAGUUUAAACAUUAAUCACUAGAAUGCUGUCACAGGAUUGAUUAGCAAUAUUUGUUUCACGAGCCACUUUCUGAUGUAUGUUGUCAUAGAAGAUAUAAUUAGCAUUUUUAUUAGGUAUAUUAAAUGAAGCAAAGUAUAUAAAAGCACAGGUUUUACUGAUAAAGAUGGCGCUGCUCAGUUCCCAGUAGUGUCCCUGUAAGACAUGACAGUGGGCCAGUGAGCCAGCAUGCAAAACAUCAGGCCCCAGAUACUGAAGCAGCUAAAUUGAAUUCAGCCAUCAUUCAUUUUAUUUUUUAUAACUGUGACACGUCCACAUGUUUGCUGUGAUGCUGCAGCCUCUCGUGAUUGUAAAAGCAUGUUAAUAUGUCGAAUUUUGCUGUGUUAUUUGCUAUGUUGAUUGAUGCUUCCAUGCCACUGAAUAGCCUGUGUCUGUCACAUGACCGGUACCUUACAGUGGCUGUGAUUUAAGCAUAGUUUGGUAUAAACUUAAGCGAUCAUAGGAUUCCCUACUGACCAACCACAAAACCCCUCAUAUCAUCUAUUUUUCCACUGUUCUCAUAGAUUUGUAUGUACUUGAACAUGUCACAUAUUUGUGGAAACUGGUUGCUCUCCAUUUUGAAGGACUGAAGACAUUACAAAUGAGCAUGUAGACACUGUUUAUGGCUCCAGAUGUUAAAAAAGACUUGCAUGCACAUACAUACAGAUCAGCUGUGACAAUAUACCAGAUCUUUUUUGGCCAAUUGGCUUAUGACACAAAACCUCAGGUGAAGGCACGCGGGCUCACCUGUGUAAAAACUUCUGCUUAGAGUUUAAAAGCACAUUCAGAGAAGCACAGGAACAUGAGCACAAAGGAGUUGCAUGUCUCAGAAGCAGUGGAUUUCCUGUAACUUGUGGGUCAUGUUAGUUGUGGUCUGAUUCCUGCUUCCUCCGAGAGGUCAGUGGUGGAUGAAACUGCACUCUGGAAAGCAGUGCCAUCUUCACAGGAAGCUUUACUGCACCAUUAGUUUCUGUACCAGCAGCCACAGACUGGUGUGCACAAUGUAAAGAUGGAGUAUGGAUGACAAACUGUGGCAGAUACUAAA